ACAUGUUAUAUUUAAUUGGGUAAAAUUAGAUUUAAAAAGAGUAACAUUAGUAGACAUUGACUGGGCUUGAUAAUGACUGAACUAUCAGUAUAUUCCAGAUGUGUCCAGUAGGUGGCAGCACUCAGAAACACUUUGGACAACAUUCAGUAUGUCUUCUGCUGCUCUGUACUGAAGCCUGCGCUAACUGUCCUUCUUUACUCAAACACUCUCCUUCAACUAACCAAGAGCUUGUGCUUUGGUUUAGGAGCGAGAGCUUCUCGCUAUGUCAUGCAUGAUGAAUGUGGAUGUGAAGAAACUGAAAGUGAAUGAGCUGAAAGAGGAGUUGCAGAAGCGUGGGCUGGACACCCGAGGCCUCAAAGUGGAUCUGGUGGAGCGGCUGCAGGCGGCUCUUGAGGCUGAAAAGGAACCCACCUGCAAUGAUGAGACAGAAACAGGUGUUGCAGAGGCUGGGAAUGCUGAGAGUUCUGAUCAAGGGCAGAUGGCUGCUGAGAAAGAGGGCUCUUAUAUAGACCCCAGCGUUUCUGAAGUCUCUAAAGAUGAAAAUAAACCAGAGACUGUGGAUGUGCAACAGGCUGCCAAAGAGGUGGCACCAGUAAAGGUGAAAAAUGAGGGUGAGAUAAAGAUGGAGCAACAAGGACAGCAGCGACUGGCCCCCAGCAGUGAAUGGGAAGAUCUGGAGAGCCAGCAGAAUACAGAGAUCAAGACUGAACAGGACAGACAUGGACAUUAUGGCCACAAGAGGCGCUAUGAUGAGAGCCACGGUUUCAGCUAUUAUGAACACCGUGAAGACAGGAGGUCCCGCUCACCUCUGCCAUCUGCUGAUGAGGAUGAGGAAGACUUUGAUGGCACUCUAGUGGUCAUUGACACUUAUAACUGUGACUUGCACUUCAAAGUCUCUCGGGACCGUUGCAGCGGCUGUCCUUUAACCACUGAGGGGUUUGCUUACCUAUGGUCUGGAGCACGAGCAACGUAUGGUGUAAACAAGGGACGCGUGUGCUAUGAGCUGAAGGUUAUGGAGUAUAUACCAGUCAAGCAUCUUCCCGGCAGUGAACCUGACCCUCAUGUCGUGCGAGUUGGGUGGUCUCUGGAUUCCUGCAGCACACAGCUUGGAGAGGAGGCGUUCUCUUAUGGGUAUGGCGGAACAGGGAAGAAGUCUACCUGUUGCAAAUUUGAAGAUUACAGAGAGAAAUUUGGUGAAAGCGAUGUCAUUGGAUGCUAUGUUGACUUUGACAGUCAUGAACAGGUGGAAAUGGCUUUCUCAAAGAACGGGAAGUGGCUUGAUGUGGCAUUUCGCGUAUCUAAAGAAGAACUGGCUGGUCGUGCACUGUAUCCUCACGUCCUUGUGAAGAACUGCUCUGUUGAGUUUAACUUUGGCCAGCGAGCAGAACCUUUUUUUCCUUUGCAAGAUGGCUACACUUUGAUUGGGGCCGCCAACAUAGAGAACAGGGUCAGAGGAACUGUUGGUCCCUCCAACAAAUCUGAUUGUGAGAUACUGAUGAUGGUUGGUCUUCCUGCUUGCGGUAAAAAAACAACAUCCACAAAAAAACACACAGAUAAAAACACAAAAAAAAAAUAAAACACCCUCACAAACGCCAUCAUGGAGAAAAUGAAGGUGAUGGGAUUGCGUCGCCAGCGAAACUAUUCUGGGCGCUGGGACAUCCUGAUUCAGCGGGCCACUCAGUGCCUGAACCAAAUGAUCCAGAUUGCUUCCCGCAAAAGACGGAACUACAUCUUAGAUCAGACAAAUGUAUAUGGGUCAGCCCAGAGACGAAAAAUGCGUCCUUUUGAAGGGUUUCAACGCAAGGCUAUUGUAGUUUGUCCCACGGACGAGGAUUUCAAAGAGCGAACGUUUAAGCAAACUCAUGAGGAAGGGAAGGAUGUGCCGGAUCAUGCUGUUUUAGAAAUGAAAGCCAACUUUGUGCUGCCAAAGGUUGGAGACUUUCUGGAUGAAGUGACCUUCGUUGAGCUGCAAAGAGAAGAGGCUAAUGAGCUAAUCAAGCGGUACAAUGAGGAGGGCCGGAAGGCUGGUCCGCCACCUGAGAAACGCUUUGAUUACGGGCUACACAGACGCGAAAGCAGCUUCCAGCGGUAUGACAACCACAGAGGGUCGAGAGGAGGCCCUGGAGGAAGCUACAGGGGAGAUUAUAACCGUGAUGGCUACAAUCAGAACCGCUGGGGAGGGAAUCACAGAGACGGGCGAGAUGGAUACAGCAGCAGCCAUCAGUCUGGAGGAAGCUACAAUAGCAACCGCUAUAGCUCCUAUAACAAAGAGGGAUAUAACCAAAGCUAUAAUCCGGGUUACAGUCAAGGCUUCAACCAGGGCAGCUACAACCAAGGCUAUAACUACAACCGAUACCAAGAUUAUGGGCAAGGUGACCACGACAAUCGAGGAGCUGGACAAUCAUAUAACCAGCAGAACUACAAUCAGCAGGAUCAACAGCAGUGGAAGCAGUAUUAUCAGAAUCAGAACCGGUGGAACCAGUACUACGGUCAAUACGGGAAUUACUCUGGACAGCAGGGAAGCCAGAGCUCACACGGCUCACAGUAAACAGGAAGUACGCUCUGACAUCACCUCCAUCAUCACAGACACCAUGAUCAACCUUAC